UCCGCCUGUAGAUUACCUUGUGAUAAUCCGUCCGCCGUCCGCGUUGUUGUCUGUGAGUUUUGAAUUAGGCUGUAAAUUCAGUACAGAUGUGAUGGUUGGGCGUGGUUACAUUUUUGGAAGUUGUUCCUAUCCUGCCUACUGUCCAUAAAGAAUGUUUGGACGGAGAAUCGAGAGUUAAGAUGGAGCAGUGCAUGGCGAGACCAGAAGUUAAAAAGAAAAAAACAGCACAGCCAAGACCCCAAUCCACUCCUCCAAAGCCUCCAAAGCACUCCCCUGAGCUCAGCGGAAACCGCCCAGAGACACAGAGGAAGGAGAACCCAGUUAAGACACCAGCUGCUCCUCUCAAACCCAGUGAUGUGGCCAACAUGAACAGAAUCCAGAGGGUGAAGGAGACAACAGCCCAAACCCCAGUUAUCCCUCCUAGGCCAACAGAGAAGGAACUCAGUAACACUGUGUCAUUCAGACGGUAUCAGACAACAAGAACCCAGGAUAAUCAGCUUUCUAAAGAGAAGGACCCAGAAUUUUCUGAAAUAGCCAAAGAGGAAACAGAUUUCAGACAGGGGAAAGUAGCCAUGCUCACACAGAUGUUCCAGAAAGGUCCCAAUGAAGAAGCUCCUACUUUCAUAAGCUAUGUAUCAGACUCUAAUUCCCCGAAACCUAAAGAGAAGACUGAAGCUGAGAAACCCACCACUGAAAAUAAGAAGGGUGGACUCAAAGGAAUGCUGAAGUCCAAUCUGUUAAAAUCACAGACCAGCGUGGAGACCACUCUCUCUGCUGAGGAGCCCGAACCAGAGAGGGACCAGUCUGGUGAUGAGGUCGAACUGGAGAGACCGAAGGAGGGCAAACAUGGGAAAGGGGGGUUCAUGGCUGGAAUGUUCAGAGGCAUCCAGAAAGAGAAGACAACCGCUCCUCUCGUAAGGGUGAGCCCAGCAAACAGUGACACAGAGAACGCAGAGGAGGCGGAACCUGUGGAAACCAAAGUGAAAGGCGGUAUGUUCAGUGGAAUGUUCAAGAAACCCAGACCUUCACAAGAUGUGACACUUGCACAGGACAACCUCUCUGUCCAUAGUGAUCUCUCAGUCAGUGAUGAUGACAGUCUCUCUGACCACAACGUUAAGGGGACAGGAGGUGUUCUGACUAGAAUGUUUAAAAAGGCUCCCAAGUCUACAAACACUCAAGCCGAAGAGGAAACUGGCAUUCUGACUAAGUCUCCCAAACCUUCUGAAGAUGGCGGCUCUAGAGAAGACUUUUCCGUGCAUAGAGAGCUCUCAGCCAGCAAUGACAGUCUCUCGGAGAAGAAAGGAGGUCUUUUCAGUGGCAUUUUCAAGAAGGCCCCCAAAGCCACUGAUGAGGAAAACCGUUCAUUGCAUGAAAAACUCUCAGCGAGUAACGACAGUCUCUCUGAACACACCAACACUAAAAAAGGAGGAAUGUUGGGUGGAAUGUUCAAGAAGUCUCCUAAGUCUACAGAGAUCUCUCCUGCUCCUGAUGAGGACAAGCAGCCUUCUAAUGACGAGCUCUCAAGAAGCACUGAUGACCUAUCUGAAAACAGCUCUAAGGAGAAGGGUAACGUGUUCAGUGGGUUAUUCAGGAAACCCCAGAAGCGAGAUGUGGAUGCUCCAUUUGAAGAGGACAAGCAAUCUCUGCACGGAGAACUGUCAGCCAGUGAUGAUAAGCCCAAAGAGAAAAGCGGGAUUUUUGGUGUAAUUUUAAAAAAAUCCCCCAAACCCCCUGAGGAAGACAAGGGUGCUCAGGAUAAGGACUCAUUAUCCACUGAAUUGUCAGCCAGUACUGAUGACCUCUCUGAGAACACUAAACCUAAAGAGAAAGGAGGUGUGUUUGGUGGUAUGUUCAAGAAGCCAAAACUUCGUGAGGGCUCAGAUGAGGAUAAAGACUCAUUAUCCUCUGAAUUGUCAGCCAGUACUGAUGAUCUGUCUGAGAACACUAAACCUAAGGAGAAAGGGGGGGUGUUUGGUGGUAUGUUCAAGAAGCCAAAACCCCGGGAUGGCUCCGAUGAGGAUAAGUACGUAUUAUCCACUGAACUGUCAGCCAGUACUGAUGAUCUGUUGGAAAACCCCAGACCAAAAGAGAAAGGAGGUGUGUUUGGUGGUAUGUUCAAGAAGCCAAAACCUCGUGAGGGCUCAGAUGAGGAUAAAGACUCAUUAUCCUCUGAAUUGUCAGCCAUUACUGAUGAUCUGUCUGAGAACACUAAACCUAAGGAGAAAGGGGGGGUGUUUGGUGGUAUGUUCAAGAAGCCAAAACCCCAGGAUGGCUCCGAUGAGGAUAAGGACUUAUUAUCCACUGAACUGUCAGCCAGCACUGAUGAUCUGUUGGAGAACACCAGACCAAAAGAGAAAGGAGGUGUGUUUGGUGGUAUGUUCAAGAAGCCAAAACCUCAUGAGAGCUGUCUUCCAGAUGAGGAUAAUGCACCGUUGGACAAAAACCUCUCUGCCAGUAAUGGUAGUCUGUCUGACAACAUUACAACCACAAAGGAGAAAACCACAGGGUUGAGUGGAAUGUUCAGAAGGUCUCCUAAGCCUGUUCUCAAGUCUCAGGCUUCAACGGACCCCUUGACUCAGUUUAGUGAACUGUCAGAAAGCAAUGACAGCCUUGCUGAGAUCAGCAGUUCACAGGCAGGCCUUCUAUCUGUUGACCCGGAGCUUUCUGGUAGUAAGGAUGAUCUAUCUGACAAUAAUAAUACCAAGGAGAAGAAAGGAAUGCUGGGAAUUUUCCGGAGGUCACCAAGACCUGCAGAACAGGCUGGCGCAGAUAAAGAUGGUGAAGACAAGGGUCUGGUGAGAAGAGGAAGAAGCUUGAAAAAGAAGCAGCGGGUUGUGUCCUUCAGAGUGAAGAGGACUCUACCCAGAGUGCCCAAGAUAUCCCUCGGUCCUUCAGCACGGAGCACCAGUCAGGAGUGCCUUAUAGAAGAGCCCCUGGAGCUUCAGGAGAUGCCUCCGGUGCAGGAGGCUACAGAGGUGCAGGUGGAGAUUCAGGAAGUAGAGAUGGCAGCCUACCCCACAGAAGGGAACCCCCUGGAGGCUGAAGGGGAGGGUGAGGGCCUGAUGGACUGGUGGAGAACAGUAGAGGGUUGGGAUGAGUGGAAUGAAACGAAAAAAUUUCAGGCGGAUGAGGAAGAGGAGGCUGUGGAGGAGGUCGCUGACCGUGUGUUCAUGGCAGCGCGUCUUUUCGUGCACCUCUUUAACCAGCGGGGGGCCUUGCUGCAGCAACGCAUUCUGGAGCUGCUGGCGCAGGCCGACGCGGUGGACCACUUCCACAAGAAGACUGUGUCAGCAGCGAUCGGAGGUGGCGUGGCCAGUGUGGCAGGCAGUGUGGCCACCAUCACAGGCCUCAUCCUAGCGCCCUUCACCUUCGGCGCCUCUAUCAUCGUCACUGCCGUGGGCAUCAGCGUGGCAACGGCAGGCAGCAUCACUUCAGCGACAGCCAACAUCACGGACACCGUGCACGCCAAGAUGGACCGCAACAAGGUGGAGAAGAUGAUCCAGGGCUACCAGGACGAGAUCAAGGACAUCAGAGAAUGCAUGGAGUUCGUGCAGGAAGGAAUGCACAAGCUGGAGGAGUGGGACUUCGAGAAGUACUCAGAGAGCGUGGCUAAGAAGCACCUGCACCACAACAUCAAGCAUGUGAUGAAGGAGGGUGGCCGUGCCGGCAAGGCCCUCAUGGUUAACACGGACAAGCUCAUCAGCACUUUCCAGGUGCUCGGGGCGGCCGGCGGAGUAGCCAAGGCUGCCCAGGCCAUCAGUAUCACCACGGGGGUAAUGUCAGCCCUCUUUCUUGCCCUCGAUGUCUUCUUCCUUGCCAGGGACUCGCAUGAGCUGCGCAAGGGCGCCAAGACCAAGUUCGCCACCAAGAUCCGUGAGAUGUGCAAGGAACUGCAGGAUGGCCUACUGGAACUGAACAAGGUCAAGUCCCAGCUGCAGAAGACCAUGGACGGGAUAGAGGUGGAGGCCUACGAGGAGGAAGGGGAGGAGGAGGAUGAAGAUGAGGAUGAGGAGGAUCUGGAGUCGGACCCAGUGAAGCUGGCACAGCUGGAGCAGGAGCUGGAUCAGCUGGAGGAGAAACUGGACAUGAAGAUCCAAGAGCAGCCGAGCAAAGGCAUGAGCAAGAAGGGAGAGACCGAGAAGGAGAUGAAGAGUGAGAAGGGAAGAGAAAAGGAGACAAAGAGCGAGAAAGAGAAGAAGAAUAAAGGUGAAAAGAAGGAAGGGAUGACCGGGACAAAGAGCGAGAUCAUUGAAGAGGACAGAAGGAGUGUGAAGAGUGAAGGCAGGGAGAAGGAGGGAGUGAAGGAAAAACAAGAAACGGAAGAAGAAGAAAAAGUGGAGAAAGCAGAGGCUGAGCUGAUUGGUGAGAUUCCAAAGGAAGACGCAGAGAUGGAUGCAUCAACCAAGAGCAACACAAAAGAGAGGGAUUUGAAUAGUGAAAAGGGGGAUUUGGUGAACAACAAAAAGGACAGAGCGAUGGAAAAAGUAAAAGAAGAGAGACCAACCAGAAGAAUGCAUCCCAUUGACAAACACAACCAAAGCCAGAGAGAAGAGGAAGGGAGUGUGAGGUCUUCGAAGAGCAGUGAAAAGGAAAAGAGCAUGACUGAGAGAGCAGCCCUGAGGGAUGAGAAAAAGAUGACCAGGACACGAGAAGAAGACGAGGCCAACAAGGGCAAGGCCAGGUCUGAAAAGGGAAGUAAAAGUGAAAUUGAGAGAGCGACUGCCAAUCCAAAUGACGGGCAUAGGAGAAGGGAAGAGCAUGGAGAGAGUAGAAGCCAAAUGGGAAGUGAAACUGAUGUAGACAUCAAAGGAGGGAAAACAGUCACCAAGCCCAAACAGGAGAGAGGUGUAGAGCAGAAGGAGGAGAGAGGAGGGAAGCAGAAAGAGGAGAGAGGAGGAGAAUUGAGGGAUAGCACGAAGAGGCGAGAUGGAGAGAGGGAGGUCAGGGGUGAAAGGUUCAGCAAGCAGGAAGGAGGUACGAACAGGGGUCACCGAUCAGAGCAGGGAGAAGGGAGGUGCGAGAGCCUUGUGGGAAGAAAAGAGGCAGACAAUGGGAGGAGGAGAGAGAGAGAAGGGGAGAGGAGAGGAAGCACACAGAAGUAUGGGAGUGAGAGAGGAGGGGGUGAGGGGAAGAGGGAGAGUGGGCAGGACCACACUGGCGUAAAAGGAAGAAAUGUAAAGGAACUGGAUGGGGAAAACCAAAGAAGCAGCCAGGAAUAUGGGAGUGAGAGAGGAGGGGGUAAGGGGAGGAGGGGGAGUGGGCAGGAAUACUCCAGUGAGAAACGAAGGAGUGGAUCAGAAUGGGACAGCAGCAGAAGAAGUGACCGAGAGGCCAGGGAGAGGACAAGCAAGGGAAAGGGGGAAAGGCCUGAGCCCAACUCUCACGGGCGCUCUAUUCAUCAAGACGACCUCAGCAUAUAACCUGUAUAAAAAUAUAUAUGUGCUUGAUACAUUUCUUAUACUUUUAGAGUAUAGAAACGUUUGUCAUAGUUUUAUCUGUGGUGUAUUUAUAGAUACAUUUUACUUUUAAGAGGCUAUUCUCAUAUCCAAUACAUAUUCUGAAUAUCCAAUACAUAUAUCAUUCUCAGGUGGUGUAUCAGGAGUGCCUUUUUGAAACAACUAUCCUCUAGGUGUCAGAUUUUAUAUUGCACAGAAUCUCAUGUGUUCCAAGGUAACUAUCCAGAAUGCACUUUAUUAUGGACUACCCUUCAGCAUAACUCAGGACCUCGGCAUAUUUAUAAUAAUUUAAAAGAGAUGACCUCAUCCCCUUCAACAAUGUGCAGGGUGGUGGGUGGAUGCAUUUUAUUCACUGUGGCCAUAGAAUGUCUGUCAAAAGAAGUGGUGAUGUCACCACAGCGCUGUGUAUCUGUUUUUAAAUUCUCCAUGUCCAAGAAAAUGACUACUGAUGAGGUAUAUUUUUGAUGUAUUUAAGGGUGGAAUUGUGUUUGCUCAUGUCUGUUUGUUUGUUUGGUUGGUUGGUUGGUUGGUUAUGUUUAAUUGUAAAGGAGAGGAUGUCUUUUUUUUUAUGUGUUUUUUUUUUAUUGUUGCUGUAGAUGUUGUGUCAAACAUCUCUGGUGUUUUAUGCCACUACCACACAAAAUGUUGCAAUAUGUUGGUUUCUUUUGGUAUUUGUAAUAAAUUUCUAUACUUUCCCUAGGCCAACUGGUUCUGUUUUUUUUUUAGCCUUUCCCUUUUAUUAACUUUUAAUUUACCACUCCUGUUUCCCCUGCAUGGUUUGGUCUCUCCAAAAGUGUGCUCUUCCUGGACAAACAGUUGCACAAUUAUACAUUAUUUGUAGUAUUGUAAAUCUGUUAUGAUUAAAACACUGUAACAUUACAAUAUGUACCAAAUACCCUAUAUUCUUCAUAACUGUGUGUGUAAAUACGGAAGUCUAUGGAGGCUGAGAACAUACACUGAACAAACUGAAUCCUUUAGUUAGUGAAAUAUGUGGGGUCUGAGAAAUGGUAAGUCAUUCACGCAUAUCUUAGUCCUUUUCCUCUCAGCUGUGAUGUCACAUUUGCCACUAGGAGGCGUAAACGCUGUUCAGACGGAUAUCGCUGUGGUUGGAUUCUUCAUUCUGGCGGAAGGUUGUUGAUAUUUGAGUUGACAGUCAAAUUACACCCGUUCCUUCCAUGCUCCUGACGCAACGUAUUGAUUGGCUGCAUUU